AGUGGUUAAUAGCAAAUUAAAUAAUCUGAAUUAUUUUUAAGCUCAGAUAAACCAAAUACAGCUUAAAGAAUCACAUAUUUUUUUACUUAAAGCAAGUGUAGAUCCAUUAAAAAAGCUAGAAUUUAAAAAAUCAUGAAAGAAAUUAAAUCCGUUUUUUUGAUGCUAGUUUUUUUCCAUUUUAUUUUAACUGCUAGUGAAAUUAGAUAAUUACAAAGCUAAGAUGUUAAUGAGAUUGAUGAAUAAACACCUAUUUCAUUUUAGUAAAUUGAUUAAUAGAGUUCGUUCGUUUAUAAAGUGAAAUCACAAAAAUAUAUAAUGGUUAGUCUCAUUCUUAAAUCAUAAGUUAUUUAGAACAGUAGUUAUAAGGUUGAGAUGUGUUCUACUAAAAAUAAUUCUGUAUUAGUUAAAAGCAAUGAUUCUAACUAUCUAUUAAGUGUAUCAGCAGACUAGUGUGAUACGUAAAGUUACUAAUAAAAUAGCUUAAAUCACUAUUUAUUUUAUUAGCCUUAAUAAAUUAGUGUUGGAGAUCAAAUAUAUAUCAGUGUUAUUAUGAGUAGAGCACUCAAUAGUUUAGUUUAUACUUUAUAAUUAGAAACCAGUGAUUAAUAAAUGUGCCCUUAAUAGUGUUCUAACUAAGGAAGUUGCUUAACUUCGUGUUAAUGUUAAUGCAAUCCUGGAUACUUCAAAAAUGAUUGUAGUGUUUAAGCUCCAUAACUAAAAUUGAAUAAUGUAUGGAAAGGAUAUAUUCAAUUUCAAUAAACUUAAUAUUUGAGCAUUAAUUUUAAUGAUGCUUCUUUCAAGCAAGAGUAACUUUCUAUGGUUUAAAUUAAUUUUUAAAAGGAAAGCAAUUCUAAAGUAAGACUUUUAGAUACUUCUCCUAGCAGUAGUAAUGGGCCGGAAUAUUUAAUAAUCUCAUAUAUAUUUGUAAAUAAGUAAGGUAACUAAAUCCCUUCUUUGACGAAUUCAGACUCCACUUAAUAUAUGAUAACAAAUGAAUAUAGUUUGAAUUUUGUAUCAUAGCAAAUAUAAAGUUUGGCUGAUAAAAAUCAUUUGGUUAUUUCUAUUUAUUCAAACUAUACUUCAACUAGUUAUAUUUCAGUUGAAGUAGUUAAUUAGUAGAAUCAAGAAGAUGAUUCAUUAAAAACUAAAAUCUUUAUUUUUUUCUUUUCUGGUUUUGGAGUUAUAGUACUUCUAUGGCUUAUGCUUUUAGUUUACAGAGCUUACAAAAGAAGGCAGUUAGAAAGAAGUAGAUUUUAGCAAGCUUUAGAGUCAAUUGUGAAUAGGCGCACUAAUAGGGUAUCUCCAAGCAAACUUACUUUGAGCAAUGAUAUGGUUGAAAAGUAUAUGCCUAUUAGAAUUUAUAAAGAUAUUUUAGAAAGAUUGAAACAUCCUUACAAAAAUUUAGCAUGUGAAUUAUUGCUGGCAUAAUAGUUUUAGAAAUAAAUUCAAUAAGAAUAAAUGGAAAGUUAAAAAUUUGGAAAAGAAAUGUCAUUGAAAACGAUUUAAUAAAAUUAACACCAAUAAAUUGAUUAAGAAAGAAAUGAUAUUUCUACAUUAUAAAAUAAAAGAACUAAUAAUGAUGUUUCAAUACUAAAUGAGAACUAGUAAGACUAAACAAAUGCUUUCAUAAAUUAACAAAAUUUUGAAAAUGCUUAUUAAGAUUAAAACGAAAUAAAUUUAUUUAGAAAUAAUUCAAACAAUUUUGAAAAUUCAGUGUAAUUCAACUAAGCAAAUGUAGAGAGCUUUCAAGAUGAAGAUGAAAUCUAAUGUGAAAAUUAAGAAGAUGGUGGUUUGAGUAAAGACAUAGAAUGUUAGCAGAAUUAAGAAAAUUAAGUGCAAUAAUAAUAGAAUCCAAUAUAAGAAGAGUAAUGCUCUGUUUGCUUAAUAGAGUUUUAAGAGAGUGAUUAAAUUAGAAUUACUAUAUGUGAUCAUAUUUUUCAUAGUGAGUGCUUAUUGUAGUGGCUGAAAAGUUAAGAAAAUUGUCCAAACUGUAGAAAAGACCUGCAAAGGAGAAAAUUAAAAUAUUGGUAUUCUAUUCAAGUAAGAAAAUAGCUCAGAAUUAUGAUGAAUGAUAGAAGUGCUUAUUCUAUAAAUUUGUUUUUAGGUUAACCUAAAUCAAAAUCUACUACUUUUGGAGAGUAAGUUGCUGAAUCAAAUCAAUAGUAAUAGUUUUAUAGAAAGACUCCUAUGUUUCCUUUUAACAAAGUAAAAUAAUUAAAAAGAUUUAAUAGCUUGCAAGGAGAGUUCUAUCAUAACUCAUAGACUUAAGGAAAUAUAUUAAAUAAUGGUUAAAAAACUGAAACAGAUAACAUUUAAUAAACUAAUUAGCUGGGUUAAAACAAUUCAAAAAGUAUUUAAAGACCUACUCAAGUCGAGUAUUAAGAAGUUUCUUUUAAUGGAGCAAUUGUUAGAAUCCCAAAACCUAAAAUAGAAACAAAUACUCAAAAAGUGAUAGAAGUUGAAAAUGAAGAGGAAGAAGAAAAAAAAGAAUAGCUUGAGGAAUAAAAUUAAGAUAUUUGUAUUUAAUAAAUUUAGAACGAGUAAAUUAUUGAGUAAAACUCGAAAAUUAAAAAUGACAGUUUGAGUAUUUAAUAAGAAAAUAAGAGUGAUUUGAAUUAAAAUGGAAGCAAUAAGCAUAUUGAUUUGAAAUAAAAUGAUAAUUAAAAUAUGUUCGAAUGUAUUUCAUUAAAUAAUUCUAUACAGAUUGAAGAUUGCUAGUAAGAAAACUCAUAAUGUUUUAGAAAAAGAAAGCACUUAAGAGAGAGUUGGUUUAAAAAAUCUGAAUAAAGCAAAUAAAUUCUAAAUAUUGAAGAAGAUAAUUCUAGCAUGAAGACUAUUGAAAAAGAUAACUUCAAUUAGAAAAUAGAAGAACAGCAAAUAGCAGGAGAUUAUAAAAGUAUUAGAAAAGAUUCCCUUAAUUAGGAAAAUAUAAAAUAAAAUAUAAGUGACGAUGAAAGCAUAAUAAAUCUGAAUAUAAAUCAAACUAACAAUUAAAUUAAAAACCAUAUAGAAAUUAAAACAAAAUAAAUAGAUUUAUAAAAUCAACAAUAAUAAAAAAAUGUAAAUUUAGAUUUAAGUGAAACUUCAAAAAACAAAUAAAACGAUAUAAAUCAUUCUAUAAAAGAAAGUAAUAAAAGUAUGAAUGAAAAUAAUUUUGGAUAAAAAUUGAAGCAAAGCGAUGAUUAAUUUAAUUGCGAGUUAAUUGAUCUUGAAAAUAGACAAGAAUCUCCUUGUAAAAUUGACUCAAUAACUUAAAAAUUAGAAUUGAAUGAAGAUUUUGAUCCCUCAAUUUUCCGUUUGUAAACAGAAGAUUUAACUAAAUCAAAUUAGAUAAAAUAAGUUAAUAAAUGUAAAGAGAAAUCUCAUACAGCUAUCCGAAAUAAUAAAAAGAUUAUUUAAUAAGACACAACUCCUUCAAAGAGAACAAAACAAACAAAAUAAACAAAAUAACUUAACUUAAAUAGCUUGAGCUCAAAGGAUACCAAUCCUAGUCCUAAAUUGUUUAUAACUCCUUAAAAAAACAGCUUUAAUAAUCAUUAAAUAUAAAAAUAUCAACCCUGUUCAUCUCCAAUACUCUUAUAAAAUGCUUCAAGCAUUUUAAAUAACAAAAUAAAAACAUAAAACGAAACUUUGGUUUCACAAUAGGAACAUAAAAUUUUUUUAAAAAGUUAGAUUAGAAAUAGUUAAGAAAUAAAAUCUUGA